AAAGGUCUGAGCGCGUGCAUCGCUCGAAUUACGACGCGCCAAAAGAGAUGAAAGAGCGCGAUGGAAAAGAAACACAGCAGUCAAAAGGGGGGGUAGGUGGAACAGUCCCCCACCACCCCCGAAAGGGCAUCAGAUAAAAAAGAAAACGGUCGUGGGAUCAGAUAACGCCCUUUACAAACGUUACAGGGUUGUAUACUCAAACCUGGUUUCCCUCUCUUUCUCUCUCGCGCUCUCUCUUCUCUCUCUCUCUACACUAUCGCGAAAACUCCCUCCUCCCUCUCUCUACCUUCACUCUUACUCACUCGUUAACAAUCACGGCCAAACCUCUGUAAUGGAGACCAGAGGGCUCAUUCAGCAAUGGCUCAUUUCAUCGCAAACGGAGGUCAAACCUUCGUUACUGGCACAAAUCCUCCUUGACAUCACACGCGAUCCAAGCAGCAUAUUGACCGUGACGGAUAUUCUGUCGACACAACAAGGAAAUGAUCCACGAAAAUGUGUUGAUUUACUUGCACAAGUCACGUUACAUAGUCGUUCAACGAUCAUUGAUGCUGCAGUGGAUGGCUUGUUGAAUUUCGCGUGUCAGCGGUUGGAUCAGCAGCACCCAAUUAUUGUGGCACGGUGCCUCGAUAUGAUCAAGUGUUUGAUGGAAAGUAGCAACAUCAGCGGAGCAAGCGCAAUGAUGACAUGUGAAAGUAUGAUCAGUAAUCUACCAAACCACAAAAUGCACCAAGACGCACGAUACAAAACUUUAAUGAUAAUCGAUAAACUUUUGCAAAAUCAUGUGGAAGACUUACGACAAGGGCAUUUUGACUUCGUCAGUGGGUUUAUUGCGCUAAUCGAUGGAGAGAAGGAUCCUCGAAACUUGUUGAUUUGCUUUGAGCUGGUGCGAGACGUGAUUGCAAAAUUCGACAUAUCAUCUCAUAUUGAGGAUCUUUUUGAUUUUGUAUUUUGCUACUUUCCAAUAACCUUCAAGCCACCGCCAAAUGAUCCAUACCAAAUUACAACAGAAGACCUAAAGCAAAGUUUAAGGCAAUGUCUUGCUUCGACACCUUAUUUCGCCAACUUUGCGACACCGCUAUUAAUCGAUAAGUUGCUGACCUCUACCGGCAGUGCCAAGAGAGAUACCAUGGAGACAAUCGGACUGUGCGCUCCUGCAUACGGGGCCCAUGCAUUAUUACCGCACGCACAAAGUAUAUUUGACAUUCUUGCCAAAGAGGUGUACAAUGCCGGUUCAGUUACCAUGGAGACCACUGCCCUGGAAACGAUUCAUAACGUGGUUGCUACGCUAGCCAGCGGCAUCUGUGUCGCAGACAUACGCGUGCCUGUAGAAAAGGCAAUCUGGUCAUUGCUUGAUCCUUGCGUAACACAAUUGCAGCAUCCCGAAUCCAAAAAUGCAAAGUCAGCUGGCUACAUUUUGCGUGCAGCUGCAUCGGCAGCAGAUCCGGCAUGUGCUUGCGUUGUACAUACCAUUGUCCCGAUGUUGACCGGUUUAAUACAUACGGACGAUUCACCUAUUCGACGGAAAGCCAUUGUGGAUAUUUUCAUUGAGAUCUUGAAGGGCAACAACAGCUUAUAUGGAUCGUUGGACGAAAUAACGAAUAAAAGCACAAGGAUGGAUGAUGAUGACAGCUUGUCACCAUUGGCAACUUAUAAGCAGGAAAUUUUGACAGCGUUCAUGUCAGCAUUAUCUUCAGAAGACGAACAUUUACGGCUUUCUGGCAUUAAAGGAAUCAGAUUAAUGGUCGUAAUACGACGAUUUCUUCUACCAGAUGAGUUUGAACACGUUAUCCAGCAUCUAAUACGUAUAUUCAUUGCCUAUAUAGAAGACCAAACAAGUCGAGCUGCUUUAGCAACGCUUGUCAUCAUAUGCAAAGUAGAUCCUACAUCAAUUGAGCAUCAUGUCUUGCCAGUAUUGUUAGAUCGUCUCUCUGACGGUGGUGACAUGAUUGCGGAUGACUUUUCAUAUGCUCUAGAAGCAUUGGAUGCAUUAUCAUUCCAGCCACAAAUAGCGCGUGCCACGGUCCCGUCAUUGAUGGAUAAAUUGGGCGUUUAUCUUAGUCGCAAAGAUGGCAGCGAAUUUCAUUUUGCCCAUAGUCUUACACGAAGCAUAUUAACUGCCAUUCGAUCCACAUCUAAAAACCCACAAAUGAUUGAAUUGGCACAACGACUGGUGUUUCCUCAAUUCUUAUUGCAAAGUAUUAAGGCAGCACUUGGUUCAUCUGAUGCUUGGCGACUCGAUAAAGAACUCAUUAAUUUAUGGGCAUUGACACUAGCUAUAAUUCAGCGCAACUCCAGCGCAAGGUAUCAGCAAACUGUAAUAGUAGAUGCCUUUAACGUUUUCGUUUAUGGUGACUUAUCGACUGUGCCGAUACAAACAGAUAAAUGCCAACCGUUACUGCUUAUUCCGGCAACAACGUCCAAUGCUGAUAUAUCCGUCUUAUUCCCUGCAAUAGCUGGCAAUUGCAAAGAAGAGGUUGAAGCACCUGUACCAUCAUGUCCGGAACUGAUAGGCAACCUUGGAUUAUCGGUUACAAAACAAGAAUUCCUAUUUUCCCAAAAACUUGCAAUCGCACGUAUUGUUGGUUCCAUAGCUAACAAAUGUAAAAACGCCAAGAUGCCCGACUCCAUCAAAGCACUUGUAACGAACCAUCUCAUACCCACGAUCAACAAUACUACUACAUCUAGUGCUUCUGAACCUGCCCGGCGUGCUUCUGUAUUUUUAUUAAGCUGGCUUGCAAAAGCACUAUUAAUUAAAGGCCAUAAACUCGGUUUUGAGCUGCUGGACAGCCUGCUCCAACAACUUCAAUCUCCAGACGAUUUAGGAGCAGAAGCAGCAGAAAGCUUUAUCGUCAUUUUACAUGACGACGACCUUGUCUUGACCAAGGCUGCUUUUGCCAAAAUUUCAAUCUUGUACAAACAACGUGUUUUCUAUCAUUGCAUAUCUGCACUUAUUAAAGGUGCUGAAAGUUCAUCAGAAGUUAUAAGAAUCAAUCAUCUUGUCGCAUUUUCGCAUAUUAUCAACAACAUUCCAACCCAAAUUAUAACUAAUGAAAUCCAAAAGUUGGUUCCCGCCAUAAUCGCAUCCCUUACUGCUGUUACUCAUCCCCAUCCGCUAUUGUCUCUUAUUCGAGUGAUUGAAACCAUCGCACCAGAUUCCAUAGCCGCUAAGGUGCUAUCACAAGACCUUAUAGAAGGACUUGUAGAAGCACUUGUCAAUCUAACAACCCAGAGUCGAUGUUAUCGCAUGGAUAUACGCAUGGCUGCGCUCCGCUGUUUACGGUUAUUUGCAAUCCAGCAGCAGUGCAGGAACGAACUCCGCUUCUUGGCUCCAGUCAUUGUCAAGCACUUGGCAGCUGCAUUGGAUGACAAGAAACGCCAAGUCCGUAAAGAGGCUGUUUCUUGUCGAGAAAAAUGGUUUAAUCUUAUGGAACUACCGCGUGUAUAGCGAAAAGCAUUAUUCUAUCAUCAACUCUUAUAUGUAUACAUACGCCUCUUAUGCUUCUUUUUUCUUAUUUAUUGCUAUUACUAUUAAUUACUUUAUGAUGAAAGAGAGAAUAUAUGAAGAAAAAUAAAUGAAAUCAAGCGCAUAC